AACAAGUGGCAAGAUAAAAACAGGAGGUGGAUCUGACUACUAGUGACGAUCUUUCAGUGCUGUUGGUGAGUGCUCCGGCAAAUGGAAACAGUUCCUGAAGGCAAGCUGGAUGUUUCGCACGCUACUUUGCUCAGUAACCACCCACACGAGACACCCUCCUCAUCGCAGAGGACCUCACUAUUCCAAGGAAUCUACAAGUGCAAUUUGAGAAAGUCAACCAGGAACGAGAUAGAGAAGAUACAACUGAUGGGAGGAGAAUGAGUUAUGAAGGCAACAAAGUGGAGGCUUCCUCCACGUCGUAUACCAAUUGUCAACAAGACCAAUCCUCAGACAUGAGCGAAGGAGGAGGAGGAUGUUGGUGGUCAUGCUGGUGGCAGGAGAGACAUACGGUGGUGUUGUUGGGUUUCCUGGGGAUCACGAUAGUGUACAUAACUCGCAUCAACCUCUCCAUCGCUAUCGUGGCCAUGGUCGGCUCUACGAACACCACCUCUAACCUCUCGAAUACCUGCCCCGCCCCCAGCGACAAUAGCAGUGAUGUGGUUAUGGAAGGAGAAUUCGAUUGGAACGAACAGACUCAGGGGCUCAUCCUGGGGGCCUUCUUUUACGGGUAUAUCCCCUCCAAUUUUUUCGGGGGCCGCAUGGUUGAGUACCUGGGUCCGCGCCUCAUGUUCGGAACGGGCGUGGUGGGUCCGUCCGUCCUGACACUACUCUCCCCGUUGUGUGCCUCAGUGUCCUCCAGCCUCUUCGUCGCCCUCAGGGUAAUGGAAGGACUCAUACAGGGAGUGACCUUCCCGUCCAUGCACUACAUGAUGUCUGCUUGGAUUCCACCCAAGGAAAAGGCCAAGUUCUCCAGUAUGAUCUUCUGUGGUAUGCAGGUGGGUACGGUGCUGGCUAACGCCGUGGGUGGUUGGCUGUGCAGCACCAACUUCCUUGGAGGGUGGCCGUCGGCGUUCUACCUGCCUGGCAUUAUCGGUGUGAUCUGGGGGAUCCCUUGGUUCCUUCUAGCCCGCGACCGACCUGAGUACCACCCAAGGAUCUCUCAGAAAGAGCUUACCUACAUCCUCACUCACCGAAGCUUUGUCACAGGAAGAAAGACAGUCACCAUCCCCUGGAGAUCGUUGGGGAAUUCAGUACCGUUCUGGACUCUGAUGGUGACGUGUUUCGGCUAUUCCUUUGGUUUCAACACACUCCUCACUGAGCUUCCCACCUACCUCAGUAAUAUGAUGCAUUUCGACAUGGGCAGCAGUGGUUUGAUGGCAGCGCUGCCCUAUCUGGUCCAGACGGUGGUGUCAGUGGCGUGGGGGAUCGGGGCGGGCUUCCUCACCACCCAUAACAAAGUCACCAUCAACAUCCUCAGGAAAGUCUCUACCGGGUUUGCCUUGUACGGGUCCGGAUUAGCUCUCUUGGCCAUGACACUGGUGGGGUGCGACUCCACACUGGCCUUGGUGUUCAUGAGCUUGGGUUUAGGUGCCCAGGGAGCCAUCAACAGCGGGUCGGUAAUCUCGGAGCAGGAUAUCGCACCUAACUUAGCGGGAACACUAAAGGGCAUCACGAAUUCCCUGGGUUCAGUGACGGGUAUCCUGGCUCCCUUGAUCACUGGUGCCAUCAUCAACAAUAAUCAAACUUUAACCGCUUGGAGGAGCGUCUUCAUCAUAAGCGCAGUGAUCAACUUUAUCUGCUGCACCGUCUUUAUGAUAUUUGGCACCAAUAAAGUACAACCUUGGAAUGAACCCGAUAAAACCAAGAUUCCAAAAUAUUCUAGUGAGAAGAAUGAAGGAAAUGGUCUGAGGAUAUAAUUCGUGAGAUGGUGAUUUUGCCUUGUUGGGUCCCCUGGUCCAUAUGAGCGAGCUGACCUGAGGGCCACAACAUACAAUGGCGGCCAUUUUGAGGCUCAUAUCCUUCACUCACACAGCGACAGACCCCCGUGAAAGAACUUGUAGUGGAAUUCUCCCCUACAAACGCUGUUUGUCGCUGCCUAGCCGACCCCACCAAUUCCCCAGUGUAUGCCUC